AUGGGUGGAAUUUUGCGUUUAUGGGAAAUGGAUGAAGAUCCAUUUGAUUCUUUAAAGCUAGAAGGGUGGUUCGAAAUGAAUGUCUGGAACCGAAUUAUAGAUCCUAUAUUUGAUGAUUUAAAUAUUGACUUAAUUCGCGGGAUGAGCCUUGCUUCUAGUGAAAGGAAGAAUAUUUAUAGAAAAAUUAAUAAUCGUAAAAAAUUUGGUAGAAAAGGAGACGGCAUAUUUAGGUUGUUGUGUAGAAAUCGUUUAGAAUUUGGUGCAAUUGAAGCCUGCAGAAAAUGGGAAGAGAUAAAUGGUACGAAAUAUAUGACUGAUUCACUUAAAAUAUCAAAGAUGUUAAAGGAUAUGCUUGACAAAUUGAUUACUGAAUGCAAAAUGAAAGAAGAUCUAGUAAAAAAAUCGAAAGUAAUAGGAAUACUUCAUGGUGCAAAUAGAUUACAAGUUUUAACUGUAGAUAACCCUUUCGGAUCUAUCACUCGGGUUAAUCGUAAUAACAUUCAAGAAGUUUCUGGCCGGUUGACAAAUUCAAAACCUCUUGCACUGGUGUUGAAAGAGAUCUUAUAUGCACGAUCUGUUAUUAUUGCUACAAUGGAUGCCAUUGAUAAGAAGAAUGAUUUAAAUUUAAAAACUUUUCUUGACGAUGAUAAUGAUGAUAGAUAUCACACACCACCUAUCAAUACUGUAACAAAUACAUUUACAACACCAGAUAAAUCAUGCAUAAAAGAUAUGAUUAAAAAUAGUAUUACACUACAACUUGACAGUUAUUACAAAUAA